AUGAGUCCUCCGAGACUACAACCGUCUCUCUCGCUGCUGCUGCUGCUGCUGCUGGGCGGUUGCUUCCACGCUGCUGCCCGGAGGGACAAGGGGGCAGCUGGCAGCGUGGUGAAAACGUCCUCUGGCUCUAUGGGUGGCUCUUCUGGUCGUUUCAUGAGCCCGGAGCAGCACGUGUGCAGCUGGCAGCUCCUGCUGCCCACCCCAGGGGCCACCGCCGGCAGCGAAUUGGCGCUGCACUGCCUGGGCCCGGACGGGGCGCGCCACCAGUGUGCCUACCGAGGAAAGCCAGAGCGCUGCGCCGCCUACGGGGCUCGCGGCUCCCACUACUGGAAGCAGGUGCUGGGCGGGCUACGUAAGAAACGGCGGCCCUGCCACGACCCUGCGCCUCUCCAGCCCCGCUUGUGCGCUGGCAAGAAGGGCCACGGCGCCGAGCUGCGCCUGGUGCCCGGCGCGUACCUCCCCGCCCGCCCCACCGCCGCUGGCUUCCCCCGGGAACCCAGGCUAAGGGUCAGGAGCCGGGGGCUGCCCCGGCAGCCUGCGCCCGACCCUGCGGCGGCGGCUCCACCUCCCGCGAACUCGCUGCCCAAGGAAAAGCCCUUCGAGAGGAAGACCAGAGCAGGCAAGAGGAAGGGGACCUCGGGCCCCUUGGAGGAGCGACCCAAGGGGACCGGGACCGGCUCCGAAGGGCUGGAGGAGAACGCACAGCUCACGGAGACCUAUUGCGCUGAGAAGUGGCACUCCCUCUGCAACUUCUUUGUGAAUUUCUGGAACGGCUGA